AUGACCUACUUCCCAACAACAGAUGAUGAACCUUCCAAUCAUAGCGCUGCACAUGGCAAUGACCUUGAAUCGGAACUCAAAGAAGCCAUCAAGGAACCAAGCAAACAGCUCUUCAUCAAGGAGAGACUCCAACAAUCUGGUCUGACAGAACUCAAGUUUUCGUCUCUGAAAAGCAACUUGGUCGGUCGAGAGACGGAAGUUCAAUUAUUGAAAGAUUCCUUGGAACGACUGGUAUCUUUGUCCACACGAAAACGAGAAUUUGUCCUCUUGCAAGGACAAUCAGGAACUGGAAAGAGUACACUGGCUGGAUGGGCAGAGUCAAGGGCCAAAGCAGCUGGUGCCAUUGUCGCCAAACAAGAGUGCGAUUCUACGACUCGUGAUCAUCCAUACGCUGGUAUUGCUUCGCUUGGGAAUCAAUUGUUUUCCAUCCUUGAACAUGAUGACUUUUACCACAAAUUGUCAAAGAAGUCACAGAGAAUAAUCAUAUCUUCCAAAGAAACAUUCUGCCAGGAAUUGAUGACUACCUUGGAUGUGGUCGAGCUUGCAUUGAUUGGAAAUAUUAUUCCUAUCUUGCAGAACACCAUGUCAUCCGAGCUGGAUAGCCAAAUAGCAUCAGCAAUAAACAAAGUCGACAUUCAUUCGCUCGAUAGUGAGAUGAAAGGGCGUCAGAUGUUAGCAAUUCAAAAAUUCAUUGCUCUGGUCGCAUCCGUGGCACCCCUUUUGCUAGUGGUGGAUGACUUACAGUGGAUCGAUACAGAGUCCUUGGAACUUAUCCGAGCUCUCAUGACAACUAGACACUUGGUGGACUUGGAGGAUAGUAGUGGUGACAGUAGAAUUAGUAGUGGAAAUGCAAUCAUGAUCCUUGGAUGUCACAGAACCAGUGAAGCUGAGGACAAGGAUAAGAAUACACAGGAUCUUUAUCAGAUGAUACGUGACAUUGAGACUCGAGACAACAACAACGCAGCUCUGACCAAUGUGAUGGUGGGCAAUUUAUCUGCCGAUGCGGUUCAAAGCGUUCUCUCAACGUUGUUGAAUAUAGAUGACAAGCAGAGAAUCAAACCUCUCGCUGAAUUGUGCCAUCGGCGAACCCUUGGGAACGUGUUUUUUCUCUUGUCCUUCAUUACCAUGCUCCGAGACAAGGAAUGCCUGGCAUUUAACGUCAAGUCCUUUUCUUGGGAUUGGGACAUUGAUACGAUCGAACGGGAAACAGAUGCCACCAAAAAUGUUGUCGAUUUGAUCAUGGGGCAAUUGGAGGCAGCAGCGCAAGAGACCAGAACCUUGCUGCAGGUAGCGACUUGCUUGGGGAGUAGAUUCGACAAGGAUGUACUCUACAAGGCCUGGGUGGCAACAACAAAAGCGGAAGCGACAGAACAAUACACUUUCUCUUCAUUGCUUAACAGUUGCGUCAAUGAAAAGUUCCUCGAGACAUCAACUGGUGACACGUAUGGUUUCGUCCACGGCAAAAUCCAAGAGUCCGUCACAAAUUCGGCAUCUCGUAAAGAGCUUCAGCGUCUUCAAUGGAGCAUAGGGUUGUUGCUAUUGGACGAGCUGAAAGUCGAAGUUGCGACCAGUCACAUCUUUGUUGUUGCCAAUCUACUAAACGACGCUUGGACUGCAGAUAAAGAGAAUAUGCGCGAAAGACUAAUAGAGUUGAACCUAAAGGCGGCUUCAAGGGCUAUGGGAUUCUCAGCGUAUAGCACAUCAAGUCAUUACGCUGGUAUGGGAAUCAAGUAUUGGGAGGAAGAAAUGUGGAAGACUCAUCGUCCAGUCGGUGUUUCGUUGUAUUCAAUCGCUGCAAAAUCAGAGCACAGCACUGGGCAAUGGGAAAAGGCGCAAGAAUACUGCAAUGAAGUCCUGGAACGAAAAGACCUAUCAGUUUUGGAGAAAUCAGCACUCUAUGAAACACUUAUGGAUUUGAAAUGCAACCCAUUGAAACAACACGAGGGAGCUCUUGAAAUCGCUUUACGUGUAUUGCAACAAUUGGAUUGUCGAUUUCCAAAGUACGAUUUCAUGAGGGGGAGUGUUGGUCUUAAACAUCUGUACAAACUUCGGUAUCCUCCACCCGAGGAGGAGAUCGUCAAAUUGCCCGCGAUGAAAGAUCCUGUCAAACUCAUGGCAGCCAACAUCAUGUCAAAGGCAUUCCCCCUGACACAAUACACCAAGAGUUUCCUUUUGGCGGUGUUGCUCAGCGUUCGAAUGGUUCGUUGGACGUUGGACUUUGGCAUCACAGAUGAUUCUCCUUCUGCAUUCGCAGGACUGGGAAUAAUGAUAAAUCAACUUCUUGGCGACUUUGAAAAGGGCAGCAAGUAUUGCGACAUUGCACUUUCUAUGCUGGACCAGACUCAAACAAAAAAGAAGCAUGCGAACGCAACUCUCCUUUCCGUAAUGGGCCUUGCCUUUUCCAAGCCAAUACCUUUGCUGCUGGAUCCGCUGUUCAAUGGUUACAAGGCUGGAAUGGAGCAAGGGGAUAUCGAAAUGGCCAUGUGGAACAUGAAUAGCUACCUAACCAUGCAGCUCUACUGUGGAAAACUACUCAAGCAUGUGAAUCGGGAUUUUGAGGUGUAUGUUCCCCAGAUGAAGGCAUUGAAACAGAGUGAACCACACGACUGCACCAUCCCAAGUUGGGACGUUGCAAUGGAGCUGGCUGAUCUCACUGGCCAUAGAACAAAGUCACUCAUGAUGGAAGGUAUUGUUCAGGGUAGUUCUCAAGACCCGUCAACGGAGAUGUUUUUCCCAGUGCACACAUUAUUUCUUCAUGCAAUAUUGGGGCAGUAUGAACUGGGAGCAAAGUGUGCCAAGGAGAAAGUGGUAAAGUACGUGAAGAAGAUACAAUCGAUUGGUAUGAGCUAUUGCUUUGUCUGCUUCUAUGCUGGGAUAAGUCUGUAUGCAAUGGCGAGGAAAACUGGACAAUACAAACGAGCUGCAAAUAGUUGUCGAAUGGCGUUGCACAAAGCGGUGAAGAAAGGGAACCCAAAUGCAGUGCAUCAUGUCAAAUUUUUAGAUGCAGAACAAGAAUUCCUGUCUUCAAGGAACAAGGCUGCAUUAGAUUUGUACCAGGAAGCAAUUUCUUUUGCUGGGAGACUGGGAUUUCUGCAGGAUGUUGCACUGGCAAACGAACGUUGUGCGCAGCUCCUUCUGCAUUCGUCGGAUCCCAACUUGAGUAUCGAUGAAGCAUCAUAUCGAAUUCAAGAAUCAAUCAAGUAUUACUCGGAGUGGGGUUCAGAGAGGAAGGUGCGACUUUUGAAAGAGCAAUACGCCGACAUCAUAUAG